CUAAAUUCUAUUUGCUUUGGUAAUAAAGGCCGACAUAGUCUAAAAUAUAUAUUUGAUAACCUUCGUUUAUUUGUUAGGUAGUUAAUACUGUAGUUUUCCAUAUAUGUCUCCGGAUCGUUUUAGUAAUCCGUAUGUCGUGAGCAAUUAUCAAUUAUCUGAUAGGUCUGUUAAACCACCCAUGCUUCUAGGGCUUACUCGAGGCUGAGAUUCCUUCAAUUAAUCAUAUCCAUAUGCGAAUUAUCAUAUAUACCUCCAUUUACUACAAUAUAGCCCCCAGACCGAAGCCAAGAAAAUGGAUGUCCUAUCUAUCCUUGUUUUCUUCAUCCCUGGUAUCCCCCUUUUCCCAUUUUCCCGUUCAGACGCUGAAGAGGCGGAAUUGUUUGAACCCUCGCGCCGUAGUAACUUCAAGAAAAGAUGGGUAACACAAAGCUUAGAUGGGACUGUCAUUUCGGUCGAAAUUGAUGAAUCUUAUAAUAUAGCCCGCGAUUCUAAAAGAGGCUUCUCUGCUCUUGUGUCGGGGUUGUGGAAUGACAACCUAGAAUCGUGGUACCGAUUAGAAGGUUAUGAUUUCCUUGACACUGACGAAUCUCGUGCUUCCGGCCAAAAUAACAAAAAGGUGCGACCAUAUCUCAGAGAUUUAAAGGAGUUUGUAAAGGGCCCCGAUAGAAAAUGGGGUCGGGCGAUUCGGGCUAUACGCUGUAUAGCUGAUGGUGGUGGGGACUUGAGAGUUUUAAUCUCAUGCGGAAUAAUCACAUCCACGUCAGUUCGUGGCUAUUUUGUGGGACAUCCCGACCGCUCUCAUAUUGCCACGGAACGGUUUGCGGCAGAACUCAUGAAGCUUGAUGAUAUAUACUGCAACCUAAGAACUAGAAGAAACCAGAGGUCUCUGUUUCUCCUGCAAUGUCAACAUGCCGCUCUAAAUAUCUUUUCCAAUUUCCUCGAGUUGAUGGCAAUAACUUAUACUGAUCGCCGGAGCCGAGACUUCGACCCUCGCUUAUCUGGGCUUCGACGGUGGCAGCUUGAAGCAAUAAUGAGCGACUCUCAACUCUAUCGAGAAUUCUCAGAUUGCGGAAGUGAACUAGUGGCUACGAUAGAGUCGUUACUAGACAUAGUCAUGAGUAUAACAGGGAACGAAAACGAGGACCAACAAGCUGCGCUCCUGGUACUUGACAAAGCUCUUCGAGGUUGCUGCAAAGACACCAAGCUACGCCUCACUAGGUUCUCCGAUGGCCUGGAACACAGCCUCAAAUUUCUGAGCAUGGCUCGAGAGUUAAACCAGUCCGGCAAUGUUCAGAAUUUGACUCUUCUGGCUACCAUUUUUCUGCCCCUAUCGCUCGCUGCGGGUGUGCUCAGCAUGCAAUCAAGAUUCAAAGACUUGGGGACUUUACUAUACGACUUCUUUGGUGUCGUGGUCCUCCUGGCGACUAUUGUCGUACUCUUCCUCGGCGCCAUGUUUAUCUUGGCUAAUAUAAAGGAGCUCGAGAGCAGGCUACUGAAGUACCAGAUUUACAGACAUUUUGGGCGACGGCUUCUUUUGAGUUCAUUCGCACUCAUACUAAUAACCUUCGGGGCUCUUGUCCUGUCAUCCUUUGUUGUGGGCAUGUUCAAGGAUGUCGUCCUUGGGGCUAGCAUCCUAGGCUAUGGAACACUCGUAUUGGUCUUUGGGCCAAUAGUUAUCGCGGCUCUCGUCCUGGGCGUAAGAUUAAUCGUAGACGUGUUAAAGGAAAUCUUUGAGCGUUUAUUCGGUCUUAUUACCGGGGGGAUAAAUCGUAACCAGAAAAAUAAGCAAAAAGACGUAGAGAAGAAUCCAGGACCGCAGCAAGGAGAAGCAGAAUCCGGAGGGAAGGGCGAUAAUGGAGAUCCGGCUACAGAGGUCCAGGUACAAGACGUUCAAGACGUUAAAGAUACAGCUAUACUAUCGGAUAAGACUCCUACUGAUGCAGUUGACGGAGAAUCUAGCCGGUAACCAAACAGAUGCGUUUCCGGUUGUUUUGACUCGGUUGGCUGCUCUGAGAUGGCCACACACUACCUACCCGGCUUGACGCGAGCACAAAGUAUGGGAUGUAUAUUCCUUGAAUAUGAUUAC